AUGUGCUUUGCCUUUGGCGCGAUCGUCCAGGUGGCCAUGAUGGUGGAGGAUGAACGCGAGGCUAUUAUUGCGCGGGUCCCAGCUGCAGUGAGCAUGGAGUCGCCGAACAACCCACCGCCGGAGCCGGAGCAGGAUACCAAUGGAAUGUCUCGCAAGCGGAAGUCCACAGAGGAGCAUGAGGAGCAAGAUGCCAAGAAGCAGAAGCAGACUUCUGACGACUCAAGCGAUGUCAUAUUCGUCACGGACAGCAAGAAUGUCGCAUCCAUCAACCAAUCGCCAACACAGGACCCAAGCAAUGGCGACAAAUCUCAGCAAGCCUCCACGGGAGGUGGCGGUGAGGAAGAUGCCACGGGCGAGAAAGAUGAGAAGGAUUGGCAGGCUGAGUAUGAUGCACUGAAGCAGAGGGCCAACGGCCUGCUCACGAAGAGAUUGGAGACCCUGAGGGAGGAAAGAAUGGAAAUCAAACGUCUCACCGAGAAACUCGAGAAUAUGGAAGAAGACCGCGACGCCUGGCUUGCUGCUUGCCGCGACGCAGAGGGUGAACUUGAAAUGUGGAAGACUGCUCAGAAGAAGCACAUCAAGGAGCUGCGCCAGGAGUUGCAGACGACCAAGCGAGAGGAGAUGAACAAGGAGCUCGCUUCAAUCAAGAAUAAGUACAAGCGAGACCUCGACGCCAAGCAGAGAAGACACGAUGAUCAAUUGGAAGAAAUGGAUGAGAAAAUCAAGGAGUCCAAAGAUCAGGUCUCCAAGGAGAAGAAGGCACUUCAGGCACAGGAAAAGGCCGUCAACCGCAAGCUGAAGGAGACCAAGCCGGAGACGAAUAGCAUCGUCAAGCAAAAGGACAAGGAGAUCCAAGAGGGCAAGAAAGCCUACGAGGCACUGCAAUCACGAUUGGACCACAUCAUGCAAGACCGGGAGGGCUUACUGGCAGAGGCGCAGCGAUACAGGGCUGAGCGCGACGAGCAGAGACAGCAGCUCAAAUUGAGCUUGAACGAAAACGCUCGCCUCGAGCACGCGAAUACCGAGAGCAAGAUCGAUGCCCUGAGGCAGCAGCAGCAAGUGCAGGACCUCAAGAACGCCCACGCUGCUGAGCUGAAGGAACAACAAGUCAAGAUUGACCUGUACUACUCCAACAACGAGCAGAGCCUCAAGCGCGCCAACGAUAGUGCACGCGCCGUCGCCGUGUUGAGGCAGCAGAACGAGCGCAACAACGAGAAAGUCGCUGGUCUGGAGAGAGACCUGCGUGCUUCCCGCGCAGGAAUUCGUCAGAUGCAGGAAGCGCUGACCCGUGCAAAUGUCCCCGACCCAACGGCUCAGACUGAGGCGUCCGAUGGCCUUGCCGAGCAAUCCACGGCAGAACGUUCCGAGGCGAAAUAUAGCAUGGAAUGA